AUGAAGCUCCUCUCUUUUAAUGUUAGAGGUCUGGGGAGUAAUGUGAAGAAAAGAGAAAUUAGAGAAAUUGUUCGGAAAAUGGAAAUAGACGUGUGUUUUGUUCAAGAAACGAAAAGAGAGAUAUUGGGGCUCUGGGAACUCAAGAUGAUUUGGGGUGGUGAGGAUUUUGGGUAUGCGGAGCAGAGUGCGGAAGGGAGGUCCGGAGGUAUACUUACUAUUUGGAACGAAAAAAAAUUUGUCGCUUCGAGUCACUGGGAGAUUCCAGGGGCCCUGAUUGUUAACGGAUUUUGUCGUAUUGGUAAUCUUGCCUGCUGCCUGGUUAACGUUUACGCUGCUCAAAAUCCGAGCGAAAAGGAAAUUUUAUGGGAUACUAUUGGGAUGAUGUUAGGGCAGAAUAGAGAGGCUUGUGUUUGUGUUGCAGGUGAUUUCAACGCAAUUAGAGCAGCAGAGGAAAGGAGUGGGAGGGGGCUUCAAUUCUCGCCGAGAGAAAUGAGGGUUUUUGAUAAUUUUAUUACAGGAAAUGCAUUGGAGGAUAUUCGGUUGCAGGGAAGGGGUUUCACAUGGUACCAACCACAAGGCUUGUGCAAAACGAAAUUAGAUAGAUUCCUUGUGAAUGACAAGUGGCUUCCACACUUGGGCGCACUCAAAAGCAAGAGGAUUACGAAGAUCGGUGUCGGAUCAUUGCCCAAUUCUACUGGAUACUAA